AUGGCCACAGUCGACCAAAAGAUGAUUCAUACUUAUGGAGAUAACGGAAGGAUGGCCAGGCUGGACAAGCUGACGUCACUCUGUCCACUCCCAGUGCUGACAGCCUACUGGACACCGCCUCCUGCCUGGCCGCGGCGCAUCUUUGACACCAGAUUCUCCGCCAUCACCAUGAACCGAGCCUUCUGGCUCAUCACGUCGACCAUCUUGCUGCUCUACUUUCUCAUCAUGGAUAUUUUUCUGUUUACCCGCUACCGGUCGGUGAAUCUUGUGAACGAAGCCAAAAUCGGAGAUCGGAGUGAAGUCUACAGUCCUUUUACACAUCUGACAGUGAAAGCAAUUAUCAGUGAUCACCUUCGACAUUACUUUUUCACGCCAACAGCGGAAUAUUUCAACACAGUCACCAGUUUCGCAACAGUUUUCAGCUUCAUCUCCCCAAAUAUGGUAUCAAUAUUUCAUCUAGUGUGCGCUUUCAUUUCAGGCAAAUUCAUAGCUUCAGAAAACCUUAAUGACCGAAGAAUAGGAGUUGUACUGUACUUUUUCAGAACAUGGUUAGAUUCUUUAGAUGGAAUUGUAUACCGGACUCAAGCAGGUCGACAUUUACAGUACAACUCUGUAUAUUCCAGCUUUGGUUACUUCGUUGAUGCCUUUUUCGACACCCUAGGAGGUAUCUUUCUGUCUGUCGGGGUUUUGUUUUAUUUAUUCAAACGUUUUGGCUCCGACGCAUCGGCCAAUCUUCCUGUGUGGAUGAAGAUUUCAGACUCUUCCGCCGUCGCUCAUCCACUGACCAACGGGCAUGCUGUCGGGAGCAAGAGAGAGACAUACAGCUACCGCUACCUGUUUCUGAAGGUAUUAAGUUAUGGGAUCGCCUUGGCGGUAGCUGGGAUCUGCUGGGAUCGUGCUGUUAAAGGAUUUUCUGAAGUAUUUCAGGUGCAGAUCGAUGAUCCUUCCUUAUCGGUACUGCAGUUCGAGACCAGCCACUCCUACUUCACCUUGCUCCUCUUCUUCAUCUGGAGGUUCAUCAGUGGCCAGACGGUGUUAAAUUAUUUGUUGAUCGCUAUCUACAUGGACAAAAUCUGGGAAUUCCUCAAGUGCACUCAGUGGGUAUUAUUGCUCAUCACGCUUCCUCUGUACACAGUAACAGUUAUUUAUUUACAAAAUAUACACAAUAAGCUCAGAGUAUGA